AUGUUCUAAACAACCAGCAGCAUUAAUUCUUAGCAGUCUCCAAAUCGAUUUAAGUUCAAGUCCAAAGUUAGUUUUUUUAAUGACACUAUGGUGCCAGCAAUGACAACAAAAAUUACUUUGUAAUACAAGGAGUUUUUAAGAAAUUUGAUCUCGUGUAUUCAAGAGAAGGCCUCCUUUGUGAAUUUUCCUGAGUUUGAUUAACUUAAGUCAUAGCAGAUAGCAGUUUCCAUAUAGAGUUGUUAUAAUCCAAAAUUUAAGAGUACAGGUGUAGAUGAAACAAAGGAAGCAUUUUAAGACUUAUUGGAUGAGAUAAAACAAACUAUCAAUAGAAAGUAUCCUUUCAUAAAAGUAUUUCGACAACAAAUAAGUCAUCCUGAUCACUACCUAUAAAUCCAACUCUAUCAACCUGAAGUCCAUUCAGUUGUAUUGUAUUCUAGGUAAUUUUCAAAAAGAGCAAAUCACUCCUAAAUUAAUAGCUGA